UUAAGGCAAAUGGAACUGGGGAUCUCGGUCGUCUAGCCGCCCCAUCUCAUCCUCUUUUCUCAUUCAUUACGUGUAUAUAAAUUGACAUGAACAUCAAGACCAAAGGCCAUACAAACUCCAUAUUUCAUUCUUAUAGCGUGUCGAAGUUGCUGAAGAAGAAAGAUGCAGAAAUUACAGGCUUUUUUCACCAUAUUUUUGCUCUCUGUGUUCUUGAUUAUUGGUCCUCAGCUAGGAAUUUCUUGGGCCAAUGAAUUCGAUCAGCAAGAUCUGGAAUAUUACAUGAAAUUUGUACAUGAUGCAACUGAGUUUCCAUUGGAAGAACACUACGAUUAUAUAAUAGUUGGUGGAGGGACAGUUGGUUGUCCUCUUGCCGCUACUCUCUCAACACAGUACUCUGUCCUGCUUCUCGAAAGGGGUAGUACACCUCAUGCGAAAUCAGAAGUCCUAAAACAAGAGAAUUUUUUAAAGAACGUUCUAGAAGCAGAUAUUGAUGGAAACUCCCCAGCUCAGGCCUUCACCUCAGAAGAUGGUGUCCCAAAUGUAAGAGGAAGGAUCCUAGGUGGAGGAACCAUGAUAAAUGCAGGUUUCUACUCGAGAGGCGACGAAGAAUUCUAUAUAAAUUCUGGCAUAGAAUGGGACCUAGAUCUUGUUAAGAAGUCGUAUGAAUGGGUUGAAGAGACAAUUGUCUUUAAACCUCCUGUUGGAACAUGGCAAUCUUCUGUGAGACAAGCACUUCUAGAAGUUGGUCAAGGUCCGAACAAUGGAUUUACCUUUGAUCACAUCGUAGGAACCAAAAUUGGGGGCUCAAUCUUCGAUGAGGUGGGACGGCGACAUGGUGCAGUGGAGCUUCUAAACAAAGCCACGUCAAAGAACAUUCAAGUGGCCAUUCAUGCCACAGUAGAGAGGGUGAUUUUCUCCUCAAUUUCAGACUUGUCAGCUUCUGGCGUCAUCUAUAGUGAUUCCAUGGGAAGACUUCAUCGAGCUUUGUUAAAACCCGAGGGAGAAGUAAUUUUGAGCGCCGGAGCUCUUGGUAGCCCCCAACUUUUGUUGCUAAGUGGGGUUGGUCCACAGCCAUAUCUGUCUUCCUUGAACAUUUCUGUAAUCAAACACCAUCCUUCGGUUGGGCAAUUUUUGGCCGAUAAUCCUCGUGUCGAUGUUAACAUCAUUCCUCCAUUUCUAGUCGAGAAUUCUGGACUUGCAACUGCUGGCAUAACAAAAGAUUACUACAUAGAAGCCAUAUCAGGGUCUAUUCCUUUUGACUCUGCAUUCAACUACAUCCUCUUCCCAGACCCAUCUCCUCCUGUGAGCCUCCCUGUAUUAACCCUAUUUUUCAAGCUUGCAAAGCCGCUUUCAACUGGUUCACUUCAUCUAGCAUCACCAACAGAUGUGAGGAUUCCUCCUAGGGUUAGCUUCAACUACUUUUCCAACCCAGAAGACAUACAUAAAUGCGUGGCAGGAGUCAAAAAUCUUGUCAAGUUGAUGAAUUCCGAUGCGAUGGGCAAGUACAAAGAAGGCCGGGAAGGUGCCAGAGAAUUUAAAUUUGUGGGUCGAUCUUUGCCAGAAAACAAAACCGAUGAUGCAGCAUUCGAAACAUUUUGUCGCAAAAUGUUGACUACCAUAUACCAUUACCAUGGUGGCUGUCUGGCAGGGAAGGUAGUGGAUCAACGUUUUAGGGUUUUCGGAAUUGAUGCAUUACGAGUUAUCGACGGAUCCACAUUCACAUCCUCCCCAGGAACUAAUCCUCAAGCUACUCUAAUGAUGAUUGGCCGCUAUGUUGGCCUCAAAAUGCAGGAGGAGAGAAUGACAAUGCAGUGUUCAUUGACUUAAAUUAGAGCUACCACUCAUGGCUCAUGUGUGGCAGAUGGAAAUUAAUAAGUCGGAUUUUGUUUCAACUUUGAAACUUAAAACUGUACCAGUGACGCCUGAAAUUCUGUCCUAGCUAUGUUUGGACGGUAUUAAUGGCGUUAAUUCACUCUAGUUUUGUAUGCCUUAAGGCGGUUUAUCAAAUGGAUGGAGCUUUGGAUCUAGAGGGACUUGUGAUUUUUUCUUAAAUUCAAGUGAUCAAAGUUGUCUGCCCAACAGAGAGAAUAACUCUGUUUUCAUGUUGUUUUUUUAAAUGCUAGAUAUUUCAGUUUCCAAUGGGAACUUUCCAAAA